GCCACUGCCACCUGCCUCCCACCAUGGCUCUGAAGAGAAUCCACAAGGAGUUGAAUGACCUGGCAUGGGACCCACCAGCACAGUGUUCAGCAGGUCCUGUUGGAGAUGAUAUGUUCCAUUGGCAAGCUACAAUAAUGGGGCCAAAUGAUAGUCCCUAUGAGAGUGGAGAAUUUUUCCUGACAAUUCAUUUUCCAACAUAUUACCCCUUCAAACCAUGUAAGGUUGCAUUUACAAAAAUUUAUCAUCCAAAUAGUAAUAGUAAUGGCAGCAUUUGUCUUGAUAUUCUAUGCUCAUGGUGGUCUCCAGCACAAACUAUUUCAAAAGUACUUUUGUCCAUCUGUUCUCUGUUGUGGGAUCCCAAUUCAGAUGAUCCUUUACUGCUUGAGAUUGCUCAGAUUUACAAAACAGAUAGAGAAAAGAACAACAGAAUAGCUUGGGAAUGGACUCAGAAGUUGUGA